AUGUCUGCCACUGCAGGAAAGACCAUCACUUGCAAGGCUGCCGUCGCCUGGGAGGCCGGUAAGCCCUUGAGCAUCGAGGACAUCGAAGUCGCCCCUCCCAAGGCCCACGAGGUCCGUAUCGAGAUCUACUACACCGGUGUCUGCCACACAGAUGCCUACACCCUCUCCGGCAAGGACCCCGAGGGCGCCUUCCCCAUCGUCCUCGGCCACGAGGGCGCCGGCAUCGUCGAGUCCGUCGGCGAGGGCGUCACCAACGUGAAGCCCGGCGACCACGUCGUCGCCCUCUACACCCCCGAGUGCAAGGAGUGCAAGUUCUGCAAGUCCGGCAAGACCAACCUCUGCGGCAAGAUCCGCGCAACCCAGGGCAAGGGCGUCAUGCCCGACGGCACCUCGCGCUUCAAGUGCAAGGGCAAGGACCUCCUCCACUUCAUGGGCACCUCCACCUUCUCCCAGUACACCGUUGUCGCCGACAUCUCCGUCGUCGCCGUCCAGCAGGACGCCCCCAUGGACCGCACCUGCCUGCUCGGCUGCGGCAUCACCACCGGAUACGGCGCCGCCCGCAUCACCGCCAACGUCCAGGAGGGCGACAACAUCGCCGUCUUCGGCGCCGGCUGCGUCGGUCUGUCCGUCGUCCAGGGGGCCGUCGUCAACAAGGCCGCGAAGAUCAUCGUCGUCGACGUCAACCCCAGCAAGGAGGAAUGGUCCCGCAAGUUCGGCGCCACCGACUUCGUCAACCCCACCGAGCUCCCCAAGGGCACCUCCAUCGUCGACAAGCUCGUCGAGAUGACCGACGGCGGCUGCGACUACACCUUUGACUGCACCGGUAACGUCGGCGUCAUGCGUGCUGCCCUCGAGGCCUGCCACAAGGGAUGGGGACAGAGCAUCGUCAUCGGUGUUGCUGCCGCCGGCCAGGAGAUCUCCACCAGACCAUUCCAGCUCGUCACCGGCCGUGUCUGGAGGGGUUGCGCCUUCGGCGGCGUCAAGGGCCGCACCCAGCUGCCCGGCCUCGUCCAGGACUACAUCAAGGGCGACCUCAAGGUCGACGAGUUCAUCACCCACCGCAAGACCCUCGGCGAGAUGAACGAGGCCUUCGACACGAUGAAGCAGGGCGACUGCAUCAGAGCCGUGGUCGACAUGCGCAAGUAA